AUGGAAAGGACCGGUAUCCAGAGCCAUGCCUCACCCGAAAUCGAGCCACGACAAAUCGAAGACGAAGACGAAGACUUUCACGAGCGACCAGUCGGCAAGCCCAGAAUGACCAUGGACGGAGCGCCUAACGAGGUCUUCUGGAUCUGUCCCGCCCCUGCAGUCAUCGAAUACGAAUCCGAUUGGUACUGCCUACCCGACCUGCCGGACUUCCUCAUCUGCACCAACUGUCAACACAAGUACCUCGCCGAAACAGACCUGUCAAAUCUCCUCGAACGCACCCGCAGGCCCACGGGGCGUUGCCGCUUCAACGUGCCACGCCUGACCAGAGCACUCCUCCCGGCGUAUCGAAAGACCGGGGACCUGAAGCCGAUUCGCGACUUUAUGAAGAGGCGCCUCUCCGUCCAAGACUGCCACGGGGAAGCCGGGGUCAAGGGUGAAGCCGGCGUCGUGUGGUACAAGCCCCUCGACGACAGGCUCCUCGGUAUGCUUUCUUGCGAGGCGUGCUACGAGGACGUCAUCUUGGCCGCGUCCUUCCGUGGGAACUGGGGCCCGUACGAUCGAGCACACGCGGCAGGCGAGACCUGGGCCUGCGACGUAGCCCUCCGAUUCAUCCGCCGCAUCUCGGAAAAGUUCCCCGUCCUCCCGGGCCGCACCUGGGAAGACUGGGCCUGCUCCGCGGCAAACCACAUGAACCAGCCCACGUGCCAGUGGGGGGACGACAACAUGUCGUCUUCUUCGAGGAAGUGGGUACGGCUCCGGGGCGGACGCGUCCCGAGCAUCAGGACCUGCGAGAAGUGCUACGAGGAGCAAUUCGCCUUCACCGCCCUGAGCCGCGAGUUCGAGUUCAUCCCCCCGGAAGACACCGCCAUGCACGGCCCGGACCCGUGGUACUGCAGCAUGAAGGACCUCCCCGUUCUCCUGGCAGCCGCGAUGUCGAUACCCCCGGGUGAUGUCGACUCGUUUGUGCCAUCGGCCGAGCUCAUCGCGGCCAACCCCCGUUGCACGCACAACGGCAUCCGCCACGGGACUUGGUACACCCUGGCCGGGGGAGACGUCCGCGACGACUUCAGGAUCUGCGUGUCGUGCUACACCGCGCUGUUCAAGACGGCCGGGCUCGAUCGCUUCUUCGAACAAGUCGCGGACGCGGACGGCUCGUCGCAGGCACUCGUCGCCUGCAGCUUCAACCGCACGGCGCCGAGGUGGCGUCAGCAGUACGCGCAGGUGCAAGAGGCUUUACAGACGGGCGUGUGGCCGCGGUUCUCGGACUGGGUGCGCAAGUACGCCGGCGUGCCGCCGUGCGAGCGGGACGAGGAGGUGGACAACCGCAGGUGGUACGGCUGGGACGAGUGCACGAUCUGCCCCGAGUGCUGGCUCAGCUUCUGUGCCGAGUCGUCCUCCAAGCUGGCCGUGGAGCUACAUAACCAGCACGUGGUCGGCCGGAGGAUGUGCUGCAUGUACUCGCCGCUGAUGCGGCAGAAGUGGCUCGCGGCGUGCGAGCGGGGCAGCGCUGACGAGCUGGUCGAGUACUCUCGCGGGAGGUACCGGGUGUAUGCGCAGGUGACGCCGCAGAUCCAGAUGCUCAGGAGUCAGCACCAGAUGCAGGUGAUGCAGAACAUCAGCGCCGGGCAGACGAGCGCCAUGUACUCGCGGUUGGCCAUGCACAGCUCCACGAUGCCGAGCGGGAUGGGUUACUCUUCCCCGUAUUCGUACAACAACACGGACUGGGGGGUCAAGAGUGCUGCUUAUUUUAGCCAGAUGCAGGCUGGAACCAGUCAGUCCAACACCACUAUCUAUAUGAUUGAGGACUUGAGGAACCAAUGGAGGGCGGUUGAGUAG